CAACUAUAUCUCACCCUCCAGCCUGUUGUCAAUAACAAAAAUUCAGAAGUUCCUAAUCAAUCAGGAGUCCUCAGGAGCAGGUGAAGCUCACCUAGAACUAGAUCCUGGGCUAGACUAAACUUCAUUUGCCGUGGUAUGGAAACUUGUCCUCUGAAUCUUUAAAUACUCAAGCACUUCACCAAUGAACAAAGACUUAAAGUACACCUAUGAUGUGGCUGUUUUUAACAACAGUUCAUUUGAUUUGUGGAACUUUAAGUGCGAGUAGACUCUUGGAUUUGGAAAAUAAAAUAAAUCCUGAAGUAUGGAUGAAUGCUAGUGAGAUCAUCACAUACAAUGGCUAUCCCAGUGAGGAGUACGAAGUCACCACUGAAGAUGGGUACAUCCUUGCCAUCAACAGAAUUCCCCAUGGGAAAGGACACACUAGGUCCACAGGCCCCCGGCCAGUUGUAUAUCUGCAGCAUGCCCUGUUUGCAGACAAUGCAUACUGGCUUGAGAAUUUUUCCAAUGGAAGCCUUGGGUUCCUCCUAGCAGAUGCAGGCUAUGAUGUGUGGAUGGGAAACAGUCGGGGAAAUACUUGGUCAAGAAGACACAGAACACUCUCAGUGAAUGAAGACAAAUUCUGGGCCUUCAGUUUUGAUGAAAUGGCCAAAUAUGAUCUCACAGGAGUAGUAGAUUUCAUUGUAAAUAAAACUGGUCAGGAGAAACUGUAUUUCAUUGGACAUUCACUUGGCACUACAAUAGGGUUUGUAGCCUUUUCCACCAUUCCUGAACUGGCACAAAGAAUCAAAAUGAAUUUUGCCUUGGGCCCUGUGGUCUCAUUCAAACAUCCCAUGAGCAUUUUCAGCAGCUUUUUUCUGCUUCCACAGGCUACAAUCAAGGACAUGUUUGGUACCAAAGGCUUUCUUUUAGAAGAUAAAAAUACAAAGACAUUUGUUACCAAAGUCUGUAACCACAAAUUACUUUGGCUGAUAUGUAGUGAAUUUAUGUCUUUAUGGGCUGGAUUCAACAAGAAAAAUAUGAAUAUGAGUCGAAUGGAUGUGUAUAUGUCACAUGCACCCACUGGGUCGUCAGUACAGAAUAUCCUGCAUAUAAAACAGCUUUACCGAUCUGAUGAAUUCAGAGCGUAUGACUGGGGAAGUGAAGCUGAGAACAUGCUGCACUACAAUCAGAGUCAGCCUCCGGUAUACGACCUGACUGCUAUGACAGUGCCCACUGCUAUUUGGGCUGGUGGACAAGACAUCCUUGUAACACCCCGGGAUGUGGACAGGAUACUUCCUCAAAUUGGGAAUCUCCAUUACUUCCAUAUGUUUCCAGAUUGGAACCAUUUUGAUUUUGUCUGGGGCCUCGAUGCUCCUCAACGUUUGUACCGUAAGAUCAUAGCUUUAAUGAAGGAUUAUCUGUAAAUGUAGAACAUCUGCUCUAUAGUUAAAAUUUCUUUUCAAGUCCACAAGAGGCUUUAGGGAAAAUACUAAUGAAAACUGAGAUUGACUCCAGCACUCUUAUUGUAUUUGCUAAGACACUUUAUUUCAGCAUCUCAACUAGAGAUUAUUUGGACUCUGUUUCUCUGUGAAAUGCCUGUGUCUGAAACCUGAAGAUUUUAUCCCCUCAGUCAGGGAUGGGGCCAGUUUUAAUCCAAUAUCUAGUAAUUACCUCUCUGUUAAAUGUACAAUUAAGAGAACAGUUAAAGCAGGA